GUGUCAUUCAAGCUUGUUUACAAAAUUUCGGAGCUGUGUAUAUCUUGGCGAUCGACGCAGCUCGUUGGCGGCUGACUGGAAAUGAUUAAUCGCCAUUUAUAAACGCUACUCGGACACAUAAUAUACGCUUCGUAUUGCCUACCCUACCUUUAUACGUAGACACACGCGGUGCGGGGAAAUUGGACCUAACCUAACUGGUUUGCGGCACGUCCCGCGGGCUACUUCUCCGCUGUAUAGUGUAUACAAACAUCAAUGACAGAACGCUUUGCGAGCGUUCUGCAAAUAUCGACUGGCCCGUGGUAGUCGCUUAACAAUUCGCCACCGCUCGCAGGACGACUUGUUUAGAUGGAUAAUGAGCGAGUCCGAUGACACGGAUGUCCUGCUCCUGAUCCCGCCCGAUAUAUUCCACGUGCCGUCUUCCGAUUCCGACACCUCGAGCGAUCGCGCAUCCCGAACGGAUUGCGGCGGCGGUGGUGUUAUUUCGGAGCUGGUGGGACAUAUGCAAUCGUUGGAGUCCCGAAUCACCGCGAUCGAGUCCAGGGACAAUAGCCUGGACAUUUCCGCGCCCAGCAGUUUGCUUAACGACUCUCAACCGGUCUACGGCAGCGCGUCCUACCCUGCUUAUCAACGGCAGACCCUACCUAGAACUAGAUUCUCCGUAAGUCAAGGCGCUAGCUUGCAAAAUACCCCCGUGAAGCCGCGUAAAUCUCUGUCCGUUCCUUCCACCCCCAAUGGCUACUCGUCGCAGAGCUGUACUAACUUCCCGAAGAGAGACGUGAGGUCUGGGUGCCACCUAACGACAGUUGAUACCUCUCAUUCGACUAAUACUAAUAAUCUCACUCGGACCAAGCAUGACGCUCUAACUUCGUACUCCGAUUCCUUUGCGGUGCCUCCUGCUUCCUGUGGUACUGGGCUCUCGCAUGCCACUGUCAUGUCUACGAAGGACUCCUGCUUGUCUCUUCGAGCGAAUGAUCGUAUGAGUUACUUGUCUUGCAAACCCCACGAUUCCCCGCCAUCAGCAAUACCCGUGUCAAAUUCAUCUAAUGCAUCGAUAGGUCAGCUGCUGCAUACCCGUUCUAGAAUAGUGCAGGAGAUGGAACUGUCGGAGGUUGACGAGUUGCUCCAAGAGAUGGAAGCUACCGAAUUAGAAUUAUCGAAAAGAAUAAAUAACACUGGCGGAUAUCAGUAUCGCAAUGAGCCACUUCAUCCAAUGUCAUCGACGCAAACUGAUAACGCAAGCGGUCAAGAAAGAGAAGCGCAAUAUAAGCUUGGUGCGCGUCGAAAAUCAGAUUUCCAAUGGGAGAACAAAGACGCCCAACUUACCGAUGCUUUGUCAGCCUUUUCUCAAAAGAAAGCAAACGACGCAUUCCCCGAUAUAUCAUUGCCAUAUGAUGAUUCAUUCCAACCAAGUGAGACUGACAAAAUAAUUUCUGGAUUUAAGACAUGGGAACGGAACCUUCAGCAGCCUGUUAUAAAAUCAAAUGGAUAUACGAUGGGAAAUGUAAAAAAUAUAGAUCAUUUGUUUAAUGUAUCAGCCACAAUUGACGGCGCUAAACCAAAAGAAUCAGUGGCAGAAUCAAACGUUCUAAUGACAGAUGAGGCAGAUGCAAGCGGUGUAUAUAUUCAACCAAAAUCUUCCAUUGCAAAUACAGGUCCUAUAUCACAUAUCAAUGAAUCAGCCAAGUUUUCUGGUAUGAUGCCGUCGAAGACCGUACAAUGUAGUAACACGGAACCUUUAAAUCUUUGUAAAAUAUCACAGCAUAAUGAAACUUUAUAUGAUAAAGAAAGAUCUGAUUUUGGUAAAAGUACCGUGCACGUUGGAACAAAUACAGAUCUUAAUUUAAGGAAGUGUCAACGAUUUUUAUCACUUUCGGAUUUCUGGGAAUCUAAUCCAGCUAGAUCGCAAGAAGAAACUCUUAGAAUCAAAAUAGAAGAGGAGAAAUUCCGUAGAGAGCAUUGCGAGCAUCUGAUUCAAGAACUUCAGAAACGUUUGCUGGAACAACAGGAAAAAGUCGCGGUAGCAGUUAGAGUCGACAAUGAAAAAAAUGUCUUGAUAUCUCAAUUCCAUACAUCUUGGUCUAAAUUAAAGCAACAAGUCGAAAUAUUAAAGGUUGAGCAUAAAAAUUCUCAAACUAAUUUGCAAAGCAUCACGGAAAAACAUCAGUCUGAGAUAUCGGAAUUUCAAACUCAAGUCAAACGGCUGGAAGGAGAAUUAUCGAAAGCUUUAGACUUGGCGGCUGGAUAUAAAGAGAAGAGUGACACUAUGAUCAAAGAGAAGAUUGAUCUACUAAAAAUUCAUGCAGAUGAAUUAGAAAAUUACAAAUCACUAGUUCAAGAAGCAGAAGAUAGAUGUGAACAAAUGAAGACGGAAUUCAACACGUUGUUGGCGAAGAAUCAACAAAAUGAAGCGGCAUUAAAAACUAUUCAAUCGGAAUUGAAUAAAGAACGCUUGAGGGGAGGCGAAGUGCGAAGUGAGAUGGGUGUCAUUCAUAAAGCACUAGAUGCUUGUGAAGCCGAGUUGAUAGUGCUCAGGCAAGAAAAAGAAAAUUUACAACUUAAACUCAAAGAAGAGAUAAAUAGAAAUUCUAUUUUAGAACAGAAGAAUUCAUCGUUGCUCGUAUCUAUUGACGACGCUAAGAGAUCAGAAAAAUUAGCCAAGGAUGAAACCAAGUCUGUUGCAGAACAGAAGGAAAAGAUCAGAGCAGAAUUACAAGAGGUUUACCAGAAGCAAGUUGACGAGGUGGUGAAAGCAAAAUUACAAGAAUUUCAAACGCAACUUGAUAAUGCCGAGUCAGAAUUUUUAGAGGAAUUGAAAACAAGGCAACAAGUUAUAGCUGAAUGUGCUGCUAGGAAGAUAAAGGAUGUUAUCGAUAAACACCGUUUGGAAAUAAACUUGCUGGAGGAAAAACAUAAAGAGGAAAAACGAUUAUGCGAAUUACAAUUAGCUCAAGCUUUACAGAGAUCGUCUAUGCUCGAAACACACUUGAAUUCUCAACGCGCAGCGAAAUCUCAACUUGCGGAGCAAUUACAUUCCGUUAUGCAAAAGCAAUGGCAACAGGCUCUGCAUAUUAUAUCAGGCAGUAAUAUGGAUAAUACUUCCUUGAUUCAAAAAAUUCACACAGACAAAUAUUUUGAUUCUAAAUAUCCUAAAAAAUCUGAAUCAAUGCCAAAUUGUUAUACUAAACUUUCUCAAGAACCAAUAAAACGUACUAUGCCGUUAGAAACACAUAAUUUGAUCAGUGCACCACCUCUUGAAGAUCAAAAUGAAAGCGUGAUAACUAUGAAUUCCAUCGAAAAUACUCCGUUAGUCAGUGGAAAUGAAUCGAAGGAUGACCUUCGAAAAUAUGUGAAAAUGAUUACAGAAAUGCAGCUAGCAAAGGAAGACAGAGAUCCAAAACCAAGGAGCAGCAUUUCGAGUCCACCAUUGGAAUGCAGAGAGGUACCGCGGAAACAUUACUUAAAAAAGGAAUUGAGUAUGAUGAGUGAGGAUAGCGUCACGUGGCAACCAAGUCCCGAGAAUAUAUACGAUGUUAGUGGACAUAUGUCUCUUCCGCAAAAAAUGCUUUCAAAAAUAGAUCAGCAGAAAAACAAGCCCCCUUGGAAAUGAUAUAUAACAUAUAAUGAUGACGAUACUGAAGGCGUGGACGAGCUUGAUUAUGCUAGUUUAACUUGAUACAGUGUACUUAAUUAGCAGUAAAAUAAGUUUUAUAUGGAACAAAUACCAAUAUCUAUUUUUCAGCAAAAAGAAAAUUUAAUAAAUAAGAUCUUUUAUAUAUUGCAUUAA